UGACACCCCUCUGCACUGACCUUGAAGGGUUUGUUAUUCGCUUUUCCGCUAUUAAUUCGGGGAUAGUGAUUAGCCUGUGAGCCUGCAGAGGGAGCGACACAACUGCCGCUGAACCUCCUCACAAUCUCUUCACAAUUACUGACAGCUCACACACUCAACACUGCUCUUCCAGCCAGUGAUUUAAAAAAAGUCAAGUUGACCAGGAGAUUUGUGAAGAUCUGCUUUUCUUUAAAGAUACAAGAUGUUGCAAUGGUGCCUGCUGGUUGCAUUUAUUUUCCAUACCAUAAGGUCACAGGAAAUCGAUGAAACCAUCACAUAUACGCAGUGUACAGAUGGUUAUCAAUGGGAUCCUGAAAGACAGCAGUGCAGAGAUAUUGAUGAAUGUGAGACCAUCCCAGAUGCUUGCAAGGGAGAAAUGAAAUGUAUAAAUCAUUAUGGAGGAUACUUAUGCCUGCCUAAAACAGCUGUUGUUUUCCUGAACAAUGUGACGACGGCUCCUCCUGUUGUUCCUGAUCAUGGUCCUGUUCCCACUCAACAGUAUGCAAUUUACCCUCACUUCCCACAGCGUCGAUGUCCAUAUGGAUUUACCCUUAAUGAACAAAACCAAUGUAAAGAUAUUGAUGAAUGUGCAUUAGGAAGUCAUAAUUGUGGUCCAGAACUAACCUGUGUAAACACAAGAGGUUCAUUUGCAUGUCGCUGCAAACCGGGCUAUCAAAAGCGUGGAGAUCAGUGUUUGGACAUUGAUGAAUGUAACGUAGCCACCUAUUGCCAUCAUGGAUGUGUCAACACACCCGGUUCCUAUUACUGUCAGUGCAACACAGGUUUUCAGUUGGCAAGCAAUAAUCGCACAUGUCGAGAUAUUAAUGAGUGUGAAACAAGUGCCCCGUGUGAUCACCAAUGCUUUAAUAUUGUCGGUUCGUUCAUCUGCCAGUGUGACCAAGGAUAUGAGUUAAAUCCAGACAAAGUGACAUGCAGAGAUAUCGAUGAAUGUGCCUACUCAAGCUUCAUGUGUCAGUACCAAUGUAUAAAUGAACCAGGACGAUACUCCUGCCUCUGUCCUGAGGGAUACAAACUCCUGGGUUCCAGAAUGUGCCAAGAUAUAAAUGAAUGUGAAACAGGAAAUGUUUGUCUGGAACAAGAGAAAUGUUGGAACUAUCAUGGUGGAUAUAGAUGUUAUCCUCGAAAUCCAUGCCACGAACCUUAUAAUCAGAUGUCUGAAAAUCGCUGUGUCUGCCCAGCAGCAAAUGCAGCUUGCCGUGACCAGCCUUAUUCCUAUGUGUAUAAAUACAUGAAUGUUCGAUCAGACAGAUCUGUCCCAUCUGAUAUCUUCCAAAUUCAAGCAACAAGUGUUUACCCCAAUACCUUCAACACCUUCCAGAUCAUCUCUGGAAAUGAAGGCGAGUUCUAUCUGAGGCAAACAAGCAAUGUGAGUGCAAUGCUGGUCUUAGUGAAGCCUUUAACAGGACCAAAGGAGUACAUCGUGGAUUUGGAGAUGUUAACAGUCAAUGCCGUAAUGAACUACCGGACUACCUCUGUGUUGCGGUUGACAAUAGUAGUGGGACCUUAUUCAUUUUAGUUAAUAUAACACAGAUAAGAAUAGCCAAAGUAAAGCAUUGAUUACCACAGCAAUUAACAUUUUGAUGUGUUUAUGUAAUUUGCUUUAUGAUUCAGUUUAACUUUCACAUUUGUAUUUUUGUGUCUUUUUGUACAAAGUGCCUUUAAUAGUGUGUGUAGAGAUAACUUACUGAAAUAACUAUACGUUACAAAUUAAUAUUUAAAGCUACAUAAAGUUCUAUAAUGUCUGCUUUCCAGCCCAAAAUUACUUAAUAUCAUGAUGUACAAAGUUGUUUUCUAAUCAAAUAAAAUGUAGUUCAUAUAUGAAUUUGUUGUAACAGAGUCAUAGAGAUCUACAGCACAGAAAUGGGCCUUUCCACUCAUUCUGUCAUUCUCUUUGAAAUAAUUUUACUACCACUAAAUAA